AUGUUAACUUUUGAGGAGUACCCGAUCUGCAGCAGCACCAACCUCAGCCACAAGCUGCAGUCAGUGAAAGGCACAGGCCUGUUUGUCAGAGAUGAGAACAAAUUUGUCUUCACCAGAGUUCUGGUUGGGCAAGAGUCUGAAGCUCAUUUCAAUAUCUACAAUGCAAGUGGUCUGCCAUGUGACGUGGUCCUCUCCAUCAAACCCCUGCCUGGAAAGGUGAAAAGCCAUAUCAACAACAUUUUCAAGUUGUAUCCAGCCACGAUGUCCAUUCCCGGCUCAUCCAAGGCUGUUGGUACGGUGACCUUCACCCCACCGGACCAGCAGAACUAUGACUGCACUUUCAAGGCUUCCCUUGUCAUCCCAAAAAGGCCCUUUUUAUCCUGGCUGGUUUGUCUGCUCGGGGACGCGCCUCACGGACGGCGCCCCAGUGAGUGGCUGGGCCGGCGGCGCGUGGCGGAGGAGGAGGUAGUGGAGGAAUACGAGGAGGAGGAGGAGGAAGGCAAAGGAGGGAGAGGAGGCAGAGGAGGAAGAGGAGGCCAGGGCGCAGCGGGGCGGGCUGCAAGCUCAGCCGCUGCUGCCCCUUGCUCGCAGGUGGCCAUCAAAUGCGUGCCUCGGGAUCGCAUCCGACUCUGGGGCGAGCUGCCCAACGGCGCCCGUGCGCCCCUGGAGAUCGUGCUGCUGGACAAGGUGUCCACUGGGUGUGCUGGUGUCAUUCAGCUUCUGGAGUGGGUUGAGCUGCCCAACAGCUUCUUGUUGGUGCUGGAGCGUCCGGAGCGAUGCCAGGACCUCUCGGGUGUGCUGGCGGAGCGGAGGUCCCUGCCGGAGGAGGAGGCGCGGGGGCUAUUCCGCCAGGUGCUGGAGGCCGUGCGGCACUGCACCAGCUGCGGGGUCCUGCACAGGGACAUCAAGCCUGAGAACAUCCUGGUUGACCUGGUCACCGGGCAGCUAAAACUGAUUGACUUUGGCUGUGGCGCCUUCCUCCAAGACACAGCCUACACCCAGUUUGCAGGAACCCUGUCCUACAGCCCACCAGAGUGGAUCUACCACCAGUACUACCACGGUGAGGCAGCAACGAUCUGGUCCCUGGGCCUCCUGCUGUACCACCUGGUCAUGGGGAAGCACCCUUUCAGGAGGGGCCAGGAGAUCAUCUGGGGACGGAUCUUGUUCCCACGGCGGCUCUCUCAAGGGUGUUCAUCUGCCCCUAGGAGAUGGGAGAGAUCCACAUGCGCAGUUGGAUCCAGAGGCGUGGCAGGGAAGGAGAAGGAGCCCCUGGAGAAGCUGUACCAGGUGGGGCUGCUGCUGGAGACACCAAGGACAACCUCAAGGACAACAAUCUCGUCCUCGACCUGGCCAGCUGAAGAUGAUCGACUUUGAUUGUGGCACCUUCUUCACAGACACGUUCUGCACUCACGUUUGCAAAAGUGCCACGAGUGGGCAAAACCUGGUGAGCGGGCCGUGUUCCUAAGACAGUGCAGUCUGCAGCUGAUGGAUGGAGAAUUGCCCUUCUGCACUUCCAAACCAAGCAAAAAGCUGUAAGUGGGACUUUCCAUCUUUAACAAGCCCCUGACAGUUUCAAAGGGAAUGUGCAGCUCAUUCACAGGGUGAGAAAGAAGGGCAUCUUCUAAAGGAUUUGGGCAGUGACAGAUUUCAGAUUGCCAGUCCUGCCAGUAUCUGGCAGGGCACAAAGCAAUUUCUGCUUGCUUCACACCAAUUUCACCACAAUUUAAAAUAACAAUAUUGGAAACAA